CACGGUUCCCCCGCCGAGUGGUGCAUGUGUCCCGCGACGGUAUACCUUCCAUCGUGCGAGUGGACAGACACCAGCUGGUUGCGGACAUGGGCAUUGCGUACCGUGACCUGCGCGCCAUUGACCCUGCGCUGCCCAUCCCCACCCCCACCGCUGUUCUCAUCCGCGAGCGGGCGCUUGUGGUGAACCUGGAGAGCGUGCGCAUGAUCAUCGGCUGUGACCAGGUCUACGUGCUCAGUGUACAGCACCCCGUGGAGCAAGACGGGCGCAUGCCGGGGGGGUACGGCAGCUAUGACGUACACAGCAUGUACGGCGGUUUCGGAGGCGGCGGCGGUGCUGCCGCCGCCUCGGGUGGCGGCUACCUUCUGGGCGGUCGUGUGGUGGACUGUGUGCAGGGGCGGCCGCUGCACUGCCCCUUCAUUGCGGCGCUGUGUGCGCGAUUGAGCGCCGCGACGGACCCAACCGCUGCCACCGCCGCGGCACCCGG